UCGUCUAUUGGACCAGACGCGGAGUGGGCGCAUGCAGGACGCGCCUACCGAAGCUUAAAGCUUUUUUUCCGGGGCAGGAGACGUGAGGUUCCAAGACACCUGUCAGGAGGACUAUACAUCCAAACUCUAUAUGUGAGGCAACCGGAGGCUGAGUGUUUGGCCAUGGACGCGCUGUUAUCGUUAUUAUAGCCUCUCGGUGACCAAGGAGCGUAAAGUUAUUCUGCUGCGUUCUUGUUUUUCUUUGUGUUAUUCCUGUUCUUCUUUUCAAGCCGCAUGAGUUCACCGCUGUUUUUAGGUCAGCUGCUCGGGGUUCCAUUAGAAAUAAUGCACCCCACCAUGGAGAAAGACACGACUUACACCAAGAUUUUUGUCGGCGGGUUGCCGUAUCACACCAACGACGCUUCACUUCGGAAAUAUUUCGAGACUUUCGGAGACAUCGACGAGGCGGUGGUAAUCACAGACAAACAGACGGGCAAGUCCAGAGGAUAUGGCUUUGUGACCAUGGUGGACAGAGGGGCAGCAGAGCGGGCGUGCAAAGACGCAAACCCCAUCAUCGACGGCAGGAAGGCCAACGUGAACCUGGCCUACCUGGGAGCGAAGCCUCGCAGCUCGCAGACAAGUCUCUCUGUUGGAGUUCAGCAAGUCCAUCCUACGUGGGCUCAGAGGCAAUAUGGGCUCGCCCAACAGUAUGUCUACCCUCAGGCGUUCCUUCAGCCCAGCCUGGUGCUGCAGUCCCAGCUCAGCCCCACAGCAGCAGCACUCACCUCCCCUUACCUGGAUUACAGCUCCGCCUACAGCCACUACGCCCCCACAGGACUGGAGCAGUACCCCUACACCCCUUCACCAUCGCCCUCUGCUGGCUACCUCAGCUACAGCUUCUCCCCCGGCACUCCAGCGCCUGCUCUCACCGCAUCCCCGACCCCACCGGCUGCCGUCCAUCCUCCUCUGGCUGCACUCACCACUAUGUCUGCCGCCCCACAGGCUUUCCUCCACUAUCCUCUGCACCAGCCCGACCGCAUGCAGUGAGCAGCUCUGAGUGGAGCUGGAGCUGCCGAACUAAUGCUUUCAAAACAGCGUGACUGUUGACCUGUGACAUCAUCAGGAUGAGACUGGAUAACCAGGAAGAGAGUGUGAUGUAAUCAAAAGGGCUUUCAGAAAGCACUCUUGUUCCUGUUUUUUUUUUUUUUUUACAUAUAUAUAUUAUUGUUGUGAUAGUUAAUAAAAAUGUUCUAUUGCUACAGUCAUCAGCAUACGAUCUGAAUGUUUUUCAUAAGUGGCAGAAAUCAGGGACUGGAAUGAGACGACUGGUAAUCCUCUGGAUGUUUCUCUCUUACCCCUUACCCCUCAGUGCUGAGGUUGGACGCAGGCUGACUGCUGGAGAGCGGAUUAGUAAAGACAAUGAGAAAUAUGUCUGUUUGACAUGAUGCUGCGGCUGCAGUUUCUCCAAAGGUACUGAGCUGAAUGCUGGAUAUUAGCCAAGCUGAGAGCCAGUUCCUCUUUGAGAAACGCAGGUCCAAUUACCUCCUCUUCAAGGUGUCUAUGGCCUUAGAGAUCUCUCUCUCUCUGUACCUGGUUCAGUUUGUGUUUGUCAUUUUUAUUAGUCUCUGAUCUCAAAUGAACAAAAUGUUUAUUGAACCCCACCUUUGUUCCUUUUAUCUACCGCUGGCAAGUCAUUACACAGUGAUAAUCACAAUUUAACAGAAUAUGCAAUAAUGAUGAUAAAGGAAGAGCAUGAAUAAGGUAGACAACACUGGUAUUUUGUUUUUGUAUUGCUACUGCUAGAACAUUACUCAGAGAAAGACUUUAACACUUAAAACACAAUAGUGACCACAUGAAAUUCCUGCAGCCGCUUAUUAUUAUUAUUAUUAUUAUUAUUAUUAUGUUUAACCUGUAACUUCUCUGGAUUUGGUCUUUGGGGGACUGUUUGGUUUUAUGAUACUUAAAUUACAAAGUUGUCAAUACAUAUCAAGUAAAUGUGUUUGGAUGUAGGUGUCAAGAUGUAUGUUGUUACUGAAUAUGUGUGAGUGUAUUUGGUUCUGUUUCUGUGUGUGUGUGCGUGUCUGUGUUUCAUGUUCUUAUAUCCCGGUGGGCACUUUAACCUGAAUGCACACUAACCCAUGGGGACUUGUGUCACCGUGGGGACAAAAAUGCUUUUUGAGGGUUAAGACUUGGUUUUAGGGCCCAGGUCACAGUUAGGUUAAGGUUAGGCAUUUAGUUGUGAUGGUUAAGGUUAGGGUAAGGGGCUAGGGAAAGCAUUAUGUGAAUGACUGUCCCCCACGGAGAUAGUGAAACAAGCAUCUGUGUGUGUGUGUGUGUGUGUGUGUGUGAGAGAGUGAAUGAGUGAGUGAGAGUAGAGCGAUGCAGUAUAGGCCAGUGUCAGGACCGAGCUCCUUUUCCAGCCCAUUGUACUGGUCAGAGUUGUUUCUUUGUGUUUGUUUUUCCCAGCUGCAGAAUACAGACAGAUGCUUCAGCGUUGAUACUGGAGUUGUGACACCACCUUAGUAGUCAUAAAGCAAGCCAUACAUCACAAUUAAAACAAAUAUGCAAAAUAAAAUGAAUAUUUCUAAAUAAGA